GUUAUAAACGAUGUUACCAAAUAAGGCCAUUGUCCAUGAAUCCACCAAUCACAGUUGAGUAUCAAGCGUCCCUAGAUAUGACAUAGAGCUCGGUAUUCCCAGUGGGGACACUUGCCUGCCUUGAAAAGUUUGUGGGAAUUUCUUGAAUUAUUGGUCACUCGUCCGGCUUCUAAACGAUGGAACGAAGAGAACUAAAGAGAGUCAGAGACGAGGACUUAUCAGAAUAUAAAGAAGCUUUCAAAUAUUUUGAUAAGAAUGGCAAUGGUUAUAUCGACAAAGACGAACUUGACCUYUUGCUGGAGAAGCUUAAUAUCAACAUACCUCGAUAUAAAAGAGAGACUUUGAAAAAAGAAUAUGGGAGUACCAUCGACUUUGAUGAAUUUCAAGAUAUUGUUGUUGAGCAUUCCACCGCUCAGACAGGYGCAGCUUUCCUCAACAUGCUCACUAAACGAAARGUUGAGCAUACAGGGGGAACAUCACACGUUUCUGCACAAGGAACAACACACUCUUUUUCCAAGAGUGAAGCGGUGGGCUUUGCAGACUGGAUGAAUAUACAUCUAGCAGGGGACGAGGACUUGAAAAAACAUGGCUACAUCCCCCUGGACAUCUCGUCUGAUAGUGGCGCCUUGCUUAGGAAAGUUAAGGAUGGAGUGCUUUUAUGUAAACUGAUWAACGCAACUGUYGAAGGCACCAUUGAUGACCGUGUGAUCAACAUUACACCAGACUCGACCUACGCAGUGCACGAGAACCAAACUUUGGCCAUCAACUCAGCCAUCUCCAUUGGCUGCCGUAUUGUCAACAUUGGUGCUGAAGACCUGGCCAGCGGUAAACCACACUUGGUACUUGGUCUGCUGUGGCAAAUUAUCAGAAUUGGGUUGUUCUCUCACAUCACAAUAUCAGAAGUUCCCGGUCUGCUUAGACUGCCAGAAGGCUCGACCACAGAGGAAAAGGAAAACAAACUCCAUCAAAUGACACCAGAGGAGAUUCUCAUGAUGUGGGUUAACUACCACCUUAACAAUGCUGGGAGUCCAAGACGAAUUUCAAACUUCGGUGAUGACAUCGAGGAUUCAGAAAUUUACAGCGAGCUGUUAACUCGCCUUGCCGCGCUCUGUGACAUCACCAUCAAGCCAACCAGUCACAUACCUGACAAGACCACUCGAGCAGAUGAAAUCCUUAAAAACGCCAAGAUUAUGGGAUGCAAGAGGUUUAUCACAGCAAAGGAAAUCUUGGAAGGCAAUGAGAAGCUCAACUUGGCAUUUGUUGCCAACCUGUUCAACACGUAUCCCUGUCUGACAGAAGACGGGGAUGAUGAUGAUGCUUUAUACAGCCAAGGRACAGAAUCUGAACUUGAGGAGACUCGCGAGGAAAAAACGUAUCGUAACUGGAUGAACAGUCUCGGCGCCAACCCAUUUGUCAAUUGGAUUUACAAUGAUCUCCAGGAUGGUCAUAUUCUUAUGCAGCUGUAUGACCGAAUCCAUCCAGGCAUUGUGGACUGGUCAAGGGUCGCCUCUAGAAAAGACUGUGCAAAACCRCGUGGUGGCAAYAUGAAUAAGAUUGCAAACUGCAACUACGCUGUGGAGAUUGCAGUAAAUCAGCCUUUYGGCUUUAGUCUUGUUGGCGUCCAAGGACAAGACAUAAAUGAAGGAAAACAUAAGUUAACUCUAGGUCUUCUUGGGCAAAUGAUGAAAGCCUACACCUUGUCUAUCCUUUUGCAACUCGAGUCUGARGGAGAAGGCGAGGUCAUAACUGAUGGCAAGAUUAUAAAAAUGGUCAAUGAUAAGCUCAAGGAGUUUGGUAAGACAAGUACCAUUAAAGACUUCAAAGACUCCGUUAUUGCGUCCAGUCGACCAGUGAUCGAUCUUAUUGAUUGCAUCAAAGAAAGAACAGUUGAUUACAAGCUUGUCUAUUUUGGAGCAAACGACAAGGAGAAGAUGCAAAAUGCCAGGUAUGCGUUGUCUCUGGCCAGGAAGAUUGGUGCCCAGAUAUAUGCUCUUCCAGAGGACUUGGUUGAGUGUAAUGCUAAGAUGGUGAUGACCGUGUUCGUCUGCUUACUGGCUUGCUCUUACAAAUAUCCUGGCCGUACUAAUAAACAAAAUGCAAAAACUAGGCAAGCUAGGAAGUAAAAAGGCAUGGAUUCCUUGUUUUACUCUAAACUUUGCACUCAAUUGGCACAAAAACUAAUUUUGAAACAUUAUGUUAUCGUUUCCAAAUCACUUUGAAUUACUUUUCCAUUGAUAAACAGGCUAAACAGGUUUUAAGCUUCAAGAAGYUUGUACGUCACAUCAGGAUAAACUGGUUAAACUGGUUUUUAUUUGCAAGAAAGCACAGGUWCUCCAGUUGACAGGCAAACCCGUUUUUAAAACAAGAAAAACCUGUUUAACACACCAAUUUUUUAAAAAUCUACUCAUUCAUGUAUGGAUUUUUUCAGCACCAGUUCAUUUAAACAGUUCCAGUUGCUACAAUUAAUUGUCGUUAUGUACUGGUUAAUUUGCACUUUUGCUCAGCUUUCUCCAAAUGUUAUACAUAACAAACUAUAUAAUUAAUGAUACACUAGAGGUCUGAAGAAUUUGCACCACAAAACGUUUUGUCUUUCUUCUCAAAAUAAAGCUUUUUCAGCUUCAAA